AGUCAGGGACCCAAGAUGCGAUUGCAAAGGUAGAUCAGACUAUAAUUGCAUGUGAAGAAAGUUAAAAGAACAUGUUUGUUAAAGAAAGUUUUUGCGGUAGGUUAAUUCAUCAACUCGUAUGAGCUGACGACAUGGUAGGCUACAGUAAUUAAAUUUUAAAGGUUGAUGAAUGCUGCAUGCGCGACUCGGUGUUUGGUUACUUGAGGCGGAACAGAGAUGCCCAGUCUUUCCUCUGCCUUCAAGUGACUUUAAUUAUGGCCCGCUGCGUGGACUCCACUCAAAGGUUUCUACGAAAAUACGCGUUCCCGUUUUUGUUGUUUGGAUACAUACUCUUUGUACUAUUUGGCGCAUUUGUCUUUAUGGCGCUUGAGGAAUCUGGUGAGAAUCAUUUGGUGACCGAAGUACAGGACCUUCGAAGGACGUUUCUCAAGGAAAACGGCUGCAUUCAUGAGACACGGCUGGAUAUUCUGCUACGAGAGGUGCUCUUCGUUGGGAAAAGCGGUGUUGCGGUGCUGGAAGCAGACAGCGAUCAAUACAACUUUGACUUCACAUCAUCACUCUUCUUCGUCACUACCUUUCUUACAACCACAGGUUAUGGCACCACCAUGCCCUUAUCGGACGGGGGCCGCCUGUUCUGCAUCCUCUACUGCAUGCUGGGGAUCCCCGUCACCCUGCUCCUCCUCGCCUGCGUCACUCACGCCCUCCUCCCCUGGGUGACCGGCAGGCCCGUCCUCUACCUCCAAACCCGAUGGGCCUUCUCCAAGAACCGUGCUGCGCUAAUUUACGCGUGCAUGCUAGCCGGCGCUACGGGCGUGGUCUUCUUCCUAAUCCCGGCCGUCGUUCUCUCGCUGGUGGAGCGCGACUGGAACUUCCUGGAGGCGCUCUAUUUCUGCUUCAUCUCGCUGAGCACCAUCGGCCUCGGUGACUACCUGCCGGGACGCACGCAUAGCAAGGCGGCGCGACAAGGGUUAGAGUUCGCCACCUCCUGUUACCUCGUUGUGGGUCUGGUGGUUCUGCUGGUUGUCCUGGAGACGUUCUGGGUGCUCCCGCAGGUGCAGGCACUGAUCCGAGUCUUCACCGGGCCCCAGAGCACGGAGCUAAAGGGGGAGGACCUGGACGAGAUGGUCCAGGGCUGGGAACACGAGUACCCAAACUCCCCCGAGGAUACGCCUGAAUAUGCCCUUCCCAUCUCCACCAUCUCCCCCUGCCACCAGGAACAGCACUCUCCUGAGCCCUCGCCAAAGAAGGCUUUUUCCCCUGACCAGCCUGCAGAUACCCCACCACCCGGUCCGGAUGACCCAACGCAGUAACACUGUGGUGUCGAAUUGCACUGACUGACUGAAGUUUCAUGGCGGUAUUGUUUACAUGACCUGGUAUUCGCCAUCUUAUAUAAGUGUUGUCACGAGUCAUGUUGACAGAGACAAUGUGGAGUACCUGUCAUUUCUGUCUAAAUGAACAAUGUUACUCCAUUAACUUAAUCAGCAUGGUGGUUGAUGAGUCAUUAAAUGAUUGAUUAUUUUGGUCUGGUGUACUCAGGCUUGAUUCCAGGCCUCUGUAGAUGAGGAUGAUUAGGUUUGCUUACCCCUUACAAUACAAACAGUAUGACUAUAAACAUAAGAUGUUUAUGUGGAAUAGGUUUACAAUACCAAGCAGAGGAGCAUAUUUAUAUUUACUGAAUCCAAUUGCUGUAUGCAGUUCUUGACAUUUAUGUCUUCUAAUCACUAGCCACCAUUUUCUGUCAUGAUAUGACUUCCCUAUUACUGUCUAUGUCUGUUUAGUGUUGGCUAUCCGCAAUCCCUGUCACUGAUAUCAACAGUGUUUCUGUGUAAGAUUACUGUGUUAAUAAUACUUGUCUUGAUAAGAAUUGAUGCUCUUUCAUUUUUGGUUCAUUUCAUUUUCGAGGUAGAUUUGAUGAGAAUGAAACAUACCUGGUCCAUAUGCUACUCACUGAGUCCAUAGACCAGACCAAAAAUCAACUCAACCAAUGUGUUGGUCUAAUAACAGUUUCAGAGUACCUCUACUCCUCUUGCAGGCAUUUGGCAUGUCAUACCACUAGGGGGCAGUCCAUACUCUCCUGACAGUAUGAAGAACAUGAACUCAUGUUUGAGAAAGGACUUCAAAUCUGCCAUACAGUUUUCUACUGCGGUUGAGUCGGAGUAAGUGAAAAUUAAGUGAAACGAUAAUUAAAUAAAUCAGUUGAACAUUAUUUAACCAUGUUGGCUGGUUCAUUUACAUACCUCAUUUUUGUGGUCUUCCUGUAAACCAUGUUUGCAUGUGGUGCCGUUUCCACAACUGACACUGUGGCUUUCUGUGGUGUUUCUCGGCGUGGCUGGUCUCUUUGUCUGAGUGCAGUGUUAUGCCCGGCAUGAUGACUCUGAUGACCAUGUGGCGAGUGCUGAACUCCCCGGCAUCCUGCCUGUCACCUAGAGCAAACAUAAACACCCCAUUUCAUCUGCUCUUAUUAGGUCAUCCAGACUCUUAGGUCACGCAGAGGUUUGGGGCCUGGUCGAUCUGGUCUGUGUGUGUUUCUGGGCUUAUAGACUCAUUAAAAGCACUGUGAUUUUCUUUCAGGGGUGACGGAAUGGGCUCCUGAAUGCUCAAGUGUGUAUGAAUGAAUGGAGGAUUCAAUGGCUCGCUU